GCUAUCUGUAUCAGCUUCAGUCGCCUUCUUUCUUAGUUUGCUUCAAGGUUCUCCUUGAAAUCUUGCAAUGUCUCAAAGGCCUCACAGUUAAGCUUCAAAUGCAAGCAUCUGAUGUCAUGUAUGCCUACAAGCAGGUUCAGUCAGUACGUUUAAUCCUACAGAAAAUGAGAGAGGACUGUGUUCAAGAAUUCAAUAAAAUCUUUGCCGAAAGUCUUAAGUUAGGACAAGAUCUCCAUGGUGAAGAUUUUGAGUUGACCAAACCGCGCAUUGCAAGACGACAGUCUCAUCGAAGCAACAUUGAAACAUGCAGUGCAGAGCAGUAUUAUUGUGUAACCAUGUACAAUGAGUUCAUAUCUCAUGUCAUAAGGGAGCUUGACAACAGAUUUUCUGGAAACCAGUACUUGGUUCACAGCUUGCUUCAUUUGGUUCCAAGUAAGGUUGCUUCUGAAUCUCAUGAUGACUUUCCAGAAACACUCAGUCAAGCUGCUGAUUAUUUCAAAGACGACUUGCCUCAGCACGACAUGCUUUCCAUUGAGUAUCGAAUGUGGGUCCGGAAAUGGAAGUGUUCAGAUGAAGUUCCAACAAAGCUUGUUGAUGCACUCAAAUCAUGUGAUGAGAUCCAGUUUCCUAACAUAUUCGUUUUGUUGAAGUUGACUUUAAUGCUUCCAGUCACCACUUGCGAGUGUGAGAGAAGAUUUAGUCAACUCAAAAUGAUUAAAACCUGCAGAAGAUCUACAAUGACAGAUGAUCGAUUAAAUGGAUUGGCAAUCAUGAAAAUAAAAACAGUGAUCGAUGUGAGAGAAUUCGGAAAUCUCCAGAAGCACUAAAUCUACUUGUGAACUCAUUUGCAUCAUUACAUCGUAGGAGAAUGAAGAUUGCUUUUGUUCUAGCUGAUCAAUAAUUUCAC